CGAACACGAGAAGAGCUUCGUGAAUUGAUUUUUACCGGCACACUAGACGCACCGACGAAUAUCCGGAAGCAUCGUAGCUCUGAACAAGCCGAGGCACGCCGUUAAUCGUUAAUACGUGAAAGUGCCACUGGACAAUCCGUAUAUAGGCCAGUUUUAAAGAAGUGACAAUUGUUUGUGUUGGCUUAUGCGCGGCAACAAAGCGGAAGAUGACGUCGAAGACCCUAGCGACCGCGUAGCGGUAGCAAUGGUUUCACACGGAUAAUCAGGAAUUGCCGGCUAAGCACCUGUGAUAACAAGGGUGAAAGAUUGUGGAAGAGUUCGUUCCAGUUCGUACCCUGGUUCCCUGCACAGCCUCUAGCCAAGACGAAGGACGGCGGUUGUGGAGUGAUGGUGCCAUCCAUCGACGGCAUAUCCUUAUCAUUCGAUUUUCGUUCGUGGAUCAUUACCCUCGACCGGUGGUGACCACACCAGAACGUUGUUCGUAUCUCCGGUGGUCGAUGGUGUGAAACAACAUAGAUCUUCGGCAAAACGAUGAUAUGCGCCGGAAAACGUUUUUCUCGGUAAUGCCGAAAAGGAGUUUCCCCUCGUGAGAGUUUGGAUCUAAUUUUUCGUCCUGCAAGAGAAACCGGAGAUAACUGCGAACGGAUGCUGCUGUGCGCGCUGUGUAGAGAGAACUUUGGAAAGUGAGAGAGAUAUCAGGUAGAGAAGCAACAUCUGUUCCGAUGGAAAAAAACGUAUACGAGGCUAUGACCACGUUAGUAAAUUUUAGAUACUUUUAUGCGAGUUAUUAAAUUCUGGUUAACAUCUCCGAGUCAUUAAGCAAUGAUGAAAAUUGUCCUCAAAAAGGUUUGAGUCAUCAAUCAAUGCAUACCACUUUCCGUCCCAGGAUACGCGACGGUCCGUGUUGCCAUCGAAAAAGCUUCCUACCAAGUCUAGUGUUCCUGCAUCCCCUCUCGUUAGUUUGAUGAUAAGAUGGUUUAAAAACUCUCUCGAAACUCUGUCGGGGCGACGUGCGUUGGAUGGAAAAUGAUUCACACGCCCACCUAGAAAUCGGAGAGCAAGGUAAACGAAAAUUCCCUGAGAGACAUAGGGGGAGGAGAGUACGGUAGUGCAUGCUGCCAUUUGUUGGUUUGUUGCUCCACCAAAAUCGGAUCGAAAAGGAAGACUAUUGCCGGAAAGGAUUUUCGACUUCUGUCGCAACGAAGAGAUUCUGUCGCUCAACAGUGCGAGCUGGCUGGUCGGCAUCAUCUCCAUUUUUCUCCUGAGUAUAGUGAGCGAAAGACACGUGAACGCGACAACUACAGACCGAGCAGGGCACCACUGGUUGGUGAACACACGACGCGCCGCACGUGCAUACAUCGAAGCCGCCCCUCAGCAGUGUUGAAGAGAAGAUCCGGUUGCGAAAACGAAAGUCGUCGUCUUGUCUGUUCUUGGAAUCCCGGAUUCCCGUCUCAAGGUUUGUCUACCUUGUGGCAACGUCGUCGUCAACGUCGUUUAGCAGCGGAGGAGAUCCAUUGUCCAGCACAUUGCCCUACCACCCGUUUCCAGACGUUCCUGUGCAUAGCUGAGUGAAACUGGAAAGCGAGAUAUAUCUGACAAGCGCCUGUGUGGAUUCUGGUCACUAACCCUCUGCGAGAGCAGCAGAAGCAGAGAAAUCAAUAUUUAAGUUCACCAUCGUCCGCGAACGCAGCGUGAAAAGCUGUCGGGUGGUAGCAGGUGUUCAGAGGGGUAGUUGUACAUUCGAUGCACACUGCCUUCAAUUGACAUACGGAGGCACGGAAGAACAAUUGCUAAAAAGCGCUAUCAAGGAUUUGACGACAGCACACAGUGGGACAAAUUGUGGGUUGGGCGUGUGAAGUGCGAGCAAAAGAAACGUACGCAAGCAACUUAGGUGUCCUGGACGGGGAUGAAGGAUCAUCUCUUCUUCUUCGCACCAUCAUCAUUGCUAUCGUCGUCUGGUUCGGCAGAUUUUGGCCAGCGUCGUGACCACUAUCAUCACCAGCAAGAGCCGGAAUCGUUGUUGGCACCGAGCCGAAAAAUCCUUUGCGGUCGUCGUAUACCAGCAAUUAGCGGUGGUGGUGGCCUAAAUUGGCGCAGCAUCGGUAACCGAAAAAUACGCGGGACUGGGAAAAACGCCAGCACACAGAAAAGAGCAGAUGGAAAAGCUAUUGGCACAAUUUAGGCCAUCCUCUAUGUCAACACUUUUGAAUUUUUAAAAUUUCUGCCAACUGCACAGACACACACACACACGGUCGGUAUUCUGGCAUCGUAGUUCGAAAAAAAAGAAUCAUCGAUUUAAACAUCAUCGUUUUGGAGAUAGCAUAAUUCUACCGCGUUUGUGUGGUAUUAAGUUUUAAAACGGGAAGAGUAAUAAGGUACUGGAAAUCUCAAACGCCAGGGCAAAAAUGGCAGCUCUACAGGCGCAGAACAACGUUACCACUGGUUCCCAACAGCAGGCUACCGGCCUGCGUGAGUUCGUCGAAGGAUGGACACUAGCACAAACACUCGGCGAAGGCGCCUACGGAGAAGUUAAAUUGCUUAUAAACCGACAAUCGGGCGAGGCGGUUGCGAUGAAGAUGGUCGAUCUGAAGAAACAUCCGGACGCGGAAAGCUCGGUGAAGAAGGAAGUGUGUAUACAGAAGAUUCUGAUGCACCAGAAUAUCCUCAAAUUCUUUGGCAAACGAACACAGGGUGACAUCGAGUACAUCUUCCUCGAGUAUGCCGCCGGGGGAGAACUAUUCGAUCGGAUAGAACCUGACGUGGGUAUGCCUCUACCGGAAGCACAGCGCUACUUCAAUCAACUGCUGGCCGGUGUUGAUUACCUGCAUGCCCGGGGCGUCGCACAUCGUGAUCUGAAGCCGGAAAACCUUCUCCUCGACGAGCACGACAACGUGAAGAUAUCCGACUUCGGGAUGGCGACGAUGUUUAGAAUGAAGGGCCGAGAGCGACUACUGGACAAAAAAUGCGGCACACUGCCAUACGUCGCCCCGGAGGUGCUGGUCAAGCCCUACCGGGCAACCCCGGCCGAUCUGUGGUCAUGUGGAAUCAUUCUCGUCACUAUGCUGGCUGGAGAGUUACCCUGGGACCAGCCAUCGUCCGGUUGCGCGGAGUACCUCUGCUGGAAGGAGAACAAGUACACUACCUCAACGCCCUGGUGCAAACUGGACACCCUCACGCUCUCGCUGUUGCGGAAGAUUCUAGUCCCUAAUCCGGCGCAACGGCUUACGCUGGACAAACUGCAGGACCACAAAUGGUGCCAAACACAGUUUCACCUGCAAGGAAUUGCCGACAUUGGUGGAAAUAACGGCAUUGGUGGAGGAAUGGUGUCCGGUGGUGGAGGGUGCGAUAUGAUUGACGGUCGUCCAUCACCCCGUGCCAAGCGGCUUUGUUCCAACCAAGACAUCUCCACCCCACUGGACGAUUCCACUUCUCGCAUGUGCCAAUCGCAGCCCGUGCCCACGAUCGUGCACACCGAGGUGAACGGAGUCGAGGAGGCAAUCGAGGCCCGCCACGGGUUCUGCUUCUCCCAGCCUACGAUGCUGGACGAUCUGAUACUGUGCACGCAGCUUAACCCAACCCAGAGCGUCGGUACGCAGCAGCAGCAGCAAAACCCGUUCCAGCGGCUGGUACGACGCAUGACGCGCUUCUUCGUGUCGACCCGGUGUGACGAGACGCUGAAGCGCUUGUCGGCCGCACUGGAGAAGCUUGGCUACUGCUGGAAGUCGAACGACGAGGGCAUCAUUACGAUCUCGACCAUCGACCGGCGGAAGCUGCAGCUCAUCUUCAAGGCCAAUAUCGUCGAGAUGGACGGUAAGAUCCUGUGCGACUUCCGUCUGUCGAAGGGUUGCGGGUUGGAGUUUAAGCGCCGCUUCAUCAAGAUCAAGCAGAGUUUGGCCGACAUCGUGCUGAAGGGCCCGGUAACGUGGCCGAUUGCGAUUGCGACCAAUUCUGUGCCUUAAGUAGUAGCAGCGCACCGUUAAACCCGAGUUCUUGUUUAUUUUUCUGCAACGGAUGUGUUCGUUUCCGACCUCCAAUGAAACUCGCAAAAGUGUAUAUUACGAUGGCCACGUUGUUUAGUAAGAAGAAUCUCGAAUGAAAACGGAGGAGGAUAAAACAAGCUUCUAGAUGAAACAUUCAUUGGAGAAAGAAAGCUUUUAUAAACAUUACGCUCUGUGAGCGUUCGUUGGGAAUCCUUUCUUUUAGGGUGGCCAUUUCGGGAAAAAAACACACGAACCAAUGCGUUACCCUCCAAACGUCUGUAACGGAAGGGGGAGGUUGUAUCGCCAUAAUACUCUGAUCACACGGGUAUAGGUGAAAGCGUACGAGAGGUAUUUCAUCGAAAAGGAAGCGAAGCGCAAAUAAGGUUCAAUUGUAUCGACAUUUUUAGCCGCCUGCCCUCAAAAUCAUUGGAGGGUGUUAUGCCCAGCAAGUGGGUUAAAGAGCUUUACUGGAGUAAAUCCUUGACGAAUAGGAGGUAUAAAAAGAAUCAACCACGUAGUAUUUCAUGAAACAUGACUUUUAAUACAAGAACACAAAGAACGAAGAUGAAACGACGAGGAGAAGAUGCAGGUUUUUGUGAACAAAUGAUCGAUUUUAUACAUAUUUUAUCAAGCAAGGAACAAUGCACAAAACUCAAUUAUAGAUUGUUGAUUGAAAACAAUGAUUCUCACUGAAAAUGGGUGUAUAUAAACGAAAAAAAACUCCUUCAUAUAAGUAUAGGUAUUGGCGUGGACCACCAGUAAUAAUAUGGUUGUAGGAAGGUAAACAUUUUCGAGAGGAAACAAAGAGCUUCCGUUCAAUUAUUAUGUUUAGAGGACGUCGAAAAAGACAAUAUACACUAACGAAAGCAAAAAUUACAAUUGUAUGGUAUGAACGCAGAGGAUUAAUUUUGUUGCCCAGUCGGGGAAAUGGAUCGAGGCACUGAUUUCAUCACGUUAGGGGGGAGGGUGUGGUAAUGAUGGAAAAAUGUGUUGCAGUUAGUAUAUGAUGCUCAUGGCUCUCUUCCUCGAUUCGAUGGAGGGGCUAUAAUAGUAGCUGAGAUGUUUUUUUUUGCUUGGAAACAGUUGAUGAAGGUGCUACGAUGAUACAAAGAUAAGAGAAGGACGUUAAUUGAAACUGAAAACUGUGCUGUGGAAUUGUGGGGAAAACGGGUCCGGGGGAAAAAAUAUUAGGAUUAACAUCUUCGGCAGUCGUUGCAGUAACGCCGCUUCGUGCUGUUGUGUGCCACAGCAUCUGUAGUAAUCCUUCAACUUUCAUUGAAUAUGUUUAAAUCUUAUGCUCUUUCACAUUGGUAGCAUUAAAUUUUUCCGUGAUCCUUUGGCCACAAACAAAUGAAGGAUUUCGGACACUUUCUUUAACACUCUUUGGAUGAUUUGUUGAAAAUAGGGUUUAUUCUUCUUAAUUAGAAUUUUACGAAUGCUUUCUUAUAUUCUAGACUUUUAUUCUACUGUUACAUCAUAUUAAAUUCGUUUCUCAUUUUAUUUUGUUACACAUAAUCUACAAAUAAAAUUGU